AUGUAUUUGGUCACACUGGUUGUUGGGGUAUUGCUUCUUUCAAAAGCCAAUGCCCUGAAAUGUUUCGAGUGUGUACCAGGAACCUCUGAAACCUGCAUUGACACAGCAAAGGAAUGUCCCUCACCAAAUAAUCUAUGUGCAGCAAUGAGAUUGGUAACAUACGCAGGUGCCUCUAAGGACAAAGAGAUCAAAGCCAAAAUGUGUGCUCUGCGUGGAGAUUGCAUUAGAGGCUCAGUCAACUUUGGAUCUGACAAAACUGUGAUAGUGAGUGAGUGCUGCUCCUCAGAGCUUUGCAACAUCCAGCACGCAUCUGAGCCCAACUUUGUUCCAAAUGGAAAAAAGUGCUUCAGCUGUGAAGGAAAUCAGUGCAUGAAAACUCUAAACUGUGAGGGAGAUCAGGACUACUGCAUCACCUCAACAAGUUCGGGUCUGACUGCUACAGUCUCCCGAGAACAUCUCAAGUCUCCUCUAAGUGUGGAGCCUGUCUUGCCUUCAUCCACUGACUGGCACUUUGGCCCACCGGUGUAUUGGUGGUGCUCUUUGUUUGAGGGUGGAGGCCAUGGCUGGUACUGGCUUAUUCCUGGGGGCUUCUUCGCAGGGCCUGGGUCGGGGCUCCCGCCAGGGGGCGGGGCAGCGGUGGGGCCUCGGGUACCUGGGGCCCAUGGCUAG